GGAGAGAGUUUGUGCAAAUAAAUCCAUCGCCUAGGCAUCUGUGCAGAGAGAAAGAAGAAAGGAGAAGAAGAAGAGGAAGAGGAGGGAAAGGGCUCUCCAUUCUCUCUUUUCUCGUCAUCCAUAUCUCCUCCCAUGGAAGAACAUUGAGAGCGAAAGCUUCGAUCAAUUCUUCCAUCCAUUCCACGAAUUGCUUGCCAGUUUUUCGCGACUCCCAGCUUUUACGGGCUUGCUUCCACCUCGCUUCCCGAUCUCUCGUGCUCCGGAUCCACUCGCAUUCCAAUCGCGAUCGAUUUAUCUCCCCUCCUCUCCCAGAAAACAGAGCAUUCAUUCUUUCUUGCUUUCCUCGCGCAGGGGAGGGAGAAAAGAGGGAAAGAUUCUCGCCGCAAAAGGGAGAGAAGAAGAAGAAGAGGAGAGAUGGUUGUAGUAGUGCGCUAUGAUGGUAUUGCCUGUGCGGCCCCUCUUCCUACUCUCUCUUGAUUCCAUCCCCCCUUUUUCUCCAUUCUCUCCAUCUUUUCGCUGCUCCACACUACACAGACACUCCAAGCACAGCUUGUGAAUCGUGUGGAUCGCUCCCAAUCUCACGCCGAGGCCCCGGAUUUCGCCUCUCGCCACGCAUUCCUGCCAGCCCAAGUCGCCAAAUUCUCGCCUUGGAGCCGCGAUCUCGAGCCCACAUUGGUCUUCUUCUUCCAAGAACAGAGCUACAUUUGUUUCGUUGGAUCUUCUUCGCGCGAGUUGGAGCCAUGGUGGUGGAAGGCAAGGAAGAGAUGGUAGGCAACUACACCGAGAUGGAGUUGGAUCGAAAGGAGCAAGAUGGUCUCGUGGAGAACAACCAGAACAGAGUCCAGGGAAUCAAAGCUCUCUUUUGGCACGGGGGCAGCGUCUACGAUGCCUGGUUUAGCUGCGCUUCCAAUCAGGUGGCUCAAGUGCUGCUCACGCUGCCAUACUCCUUCUCGCAGCUGGGAUUCGCGUCGGGCAUUGUCUUCCAGAUCUUCUAUGGCCUGCUCGGGGCCUGGACCGCCUAUCUCAUCAGUUGGCUCUACGUCGAGUACCGCAAUCGCAAGGAGAAGGAGAAUGUGAGCUUCAAGAACCACAUCAUCCAGUGGUUCGAGGUCUUGGAUGGCUUGCUCGGGCCUUACUGGAAAGCGAUAGGAUUCGGUUUUAACUGCACCUUCUUGCUCUUUGGCUCCGUGAUUCAGCUCAUCGCCUGUGCGAGCAACAUCUAUUACAUCAACGAUUCUUUGUCCAAGCGGACAUGGACAUAUAUCUUCGGUGCUUGCUGCAUGACAACAGUGCUCAUCCCGUCUUUUCACAACUAUCGAGUGUGGUCCUUCCUCGGCUUGGGGAUGACCACUUACACGGCCUGGUACAUGACCAUCGCUGCGAUCGUCCACGGCCAGGCGGACAAUGUCAAGCACACUGGAGCGAGCAAACUGGUGCUCUACUUCACUGGAGCCACAAACAUACUCUAUACAUUUGGAGGCCAUGCGGUGACUGUGGAGAUCAUGCACGCGAUGUGGAAGCCCCAAAAGUUCAAGUGGGUCUAUCUCGUCGCUACCAUCUACGUCUUCACCUUGACACUCCCGUCCGCCACGGCAGUCUACUGGGCUUUCGGUGACAAUCUCUUGACGAAAUCCAACGCGCUUGCUCUUCUUCCCAAGAACGCCUUCCGUGACAUCGCCGUCGUUCUCAUGCUCAUCCAUCAGUUCAUCACGUUUGGAUUCGCAUGCACGCCGCUGUACAUCGUGUGGGAGAAGAUUCUGGGCAUUCACAAGACGGCCAAUCUCCCCGUGCGAGCGCUGGCCAGAGUCCCCGUGGUGCUCCCCAUUUGGUUUUUGGCCAUCAUCUUUCCAUUCUUCGGCCCAAUCAACUCCGCGGUCGGGGCGCUCCUCGUCACCUUCACUGUCUAUAUCAUCCCCUCGCUCGCACACAUGAUCACGUAUAGAACAGCCUUCGCCAGGGCGAAUUCUGUCGAGAAGCCACCAUUUUUUCUCCCGAGCUGGACGCUGGUAUACCUGGUAAACUUCUUCAUCGUGGUGUGGAUUGCGGUGAUUGGAGUGGGAUUUGGAGGCUGGGCGAGCGUGACGAACUUCGUCCACCAGAUUGAUACUUUCGGCCUCUUCGCAAAGUGCUACCAGUGCCCUCCCAACAAGACAGGGCCUCCAAAGCACUGACGGUUCGAGACAAAAAACAAGAGAAGAUAACGAAGAGAUCCAAUGCAACACUAAAUCAUCAUCCAUAGCUAGAACAGGGUGGAUGGACAACGAGGCGAAGUUUAUGGCUGCUUUUUAUAUUUUUCUUUACUUGGCUGGCUGGAGAGGAGCAAAGACACUAAAGCUCACUUACAGAUUCGAUCGUCAGGCUUGGUUCUUCCUCGAUCUGGACGAGGGAUCGAAGAUCAAAACUGGGCUUUUCCUCCAGCUUUGUUUGACAGAGAGAAGAGAUCGAGCAAGAUGGUAUAUCAAAAGCUCUCUUCCAUAAACACAUAUAUCUGGAGAGCAAGCUUCCAUCACAAUCGUAGCUACACAAGCUCUGGAAAUUUGCUGGAAAGGAAGGAUCGCUUAUAGAAGUACCUCUUGCUUGCUACUUUAUUACUUUUUUUCUACCUUCUUAAGCGUGCGUUAAGAGCUUAAGUACUUCUUUCUCUCGGUGCUAUAGUAGAAGAAGAAAAAAAGUAGGAAAAAAAGAUAAGAAAUAUCAGAGUCCCUUUUUUUCU